GCACGUACGAGAAGUUCGAAGGUCUCUUGUUCUUGAAUCAUUUAAAAGUCUAAAAGUAUUUAUAGUAUAUUAUUUAUACUAUAAGUAACAAGUUCCUGGGUCACUAUUGGUCAAGGAUAAUUAAGUAAACAAUCAGAGAUAAAUUAUGAUUUGGAUACCUUUAAUCUUCUUGACACUUGUAGGCAGUAUCAAUGCUUUAUUGCCUACUUUUGGUCCUUGUCCUGAUGUUAAACCAAUGGAAAGCUUGGAUUACUCUAGAUAUUUAGGAAAGUGGUACGAGGCUGAAAAAUAUUUUUCUAUCAUUGAUUUUGGAGCCAGAUGUGGAACCUUCAAUUACAGUAAAGAUGAAAAUGGAGCAUUGAAACUGGUUAAUUCACAAAUUUCUGCACUAACUGGGAUUGAAUCAACUAUUGAAGGCCGUGCCAGGCCAAUUGAAAGAGCUGAUGAUCCUAAAUUUUCUGUAUCUUAUCCUUCAUUACCAAUAAAUUACCCAACUCCCCACUGGGUCUUAGGGACUGACUAUAAUAAUUAUGCUGUUUUAUGGAGCUGUUCAAACAUGGGACUUCUCAGUUUAAAAAGUGCUUGGAUUUUAACAAGAGAACGACAUCCACCUGUUUCAGUUCUAGAAGCAGCUUACAAAAUAUUAGAUAGAAAUCAAAUAAGUAGAGCAUACUUUUCACGGACUGAUCAGAAAAAUUGUCCAGCAAGUAAAGAAAGAAAUUUUUUAAUUCGAACAUAUAGAAAAGUAAGCAAGUAUUGAAUAUUAUUAUUAUUUAUUGUUAAAGAGUACAAGGAAAAUGUUGUAUUUUUUAAAUUUAA